AUGUCAAACGGCACCACUGUAGCCGCUGUGCUAAAACAUUUGAUAAAAAACAAAAACAUCGUUUCCCGGGUUGCGAAAAUUUGCACCCAUAUCGGCAUGUCCUCGGAAAACAAGUCCCCGUUGUUGGAACGGGCCCGCAACAUAGUGCCUCACCUCGACACGGACCGCCACAAGGGACAGGCUGGCCGGAUCGGUAUAGUCGGCGGUUCGCUCGAGUACACCGGAGCGCCGUACUUUGCGGCCAUCAGUGCAUUGAAGGUGGGCGCGGAUCUGGUGCAUGUGUUCUGCCCGGAUGCAGCCGCUCAGGUCAUCAAAUCGUACAGCCCGGAACUGAUUGUACAUCCGCUGCUCGACUCGAACAAUGCCAUCAUCCAGAUCGAACCGUGGCUCGAACGGCUGCACGUACUCGUCAUCGGACCCGGGCUGGGCAGAAACCGACAGAUUAUGCAAACGGUGGCGGAGCUGAUCGAAAUCUGCCGGCAGCUACAGAAGCCGCUCAUCAUCGAUGCGGACGGGCUGUUUUUAAUCACGCAGGACAUAAGCUUGGUGAAAGACUACUACGGUGUGAUUCUUACGCCGAACGCAAUCGAAUUCUGCCGACUGUUUGGAAAGGAUCGGGACCAAAUAAUGCUUUCGUUGGGCCGCCUCGGUGCCGGUGUGACUGUGAUCGAAAAGGGCCUAAACGAUCGGAUCUACGACUCGCUAACGCUGGAAAAGUAUGAAUGUCCGCAGGGCGGUUCCGGGCGGCGGUGUGGUGGACAAGGCGAUCUGUUGGCCGGCUCGCUGGCCACGUUCUACUACUGGGCGCUGGAAUCGAAGCAGGAAAUUAGUCCGGCAAUGGUGGCGUGCUUUGCGGCCAGCACCCUCACCAAGACGUGCAACAAGUAUGCGUUUAAGCUGAAGGGACGCAGCAUGACCUGCAGCGACAUGAUCGACCAAAUACAUCCCGUGUUUGACGAUCUGUUCGAACACAAGACGGAUUAGGGCUGGUCGCACCGGAGCUGCCAUCACUCGGAACGCACGACGGUGGCGCUCGUUUAUCGAUACCUCAGAUCAGAUCUACGUUCUCUG